AUUGCUCUGUGUCCAUUACAUGUCUCCAGUGUGUUUCAGAUUGCUCUCUGUCCAUUACAUGUCUCCAGUGUGUUUCAGAUUGCUCUCUGUCCAUUACACGUCUCCAGUGUGUUUCAGAUUUCUCUGUGUCCAUUACAUGUCUCCAGUGUGUUUCAGAUUUCUCUGUGUCCAUUACACGUCUCCAGUGUGUUUCAGAUUGCUCUGUGUCCAUUACAUGUCUCCAGUGUGUUUCAGAUUGCUCUGUGUCCAUUACACGUCUCCAGUGUGUUUCAGAUUGCUCUGUGUCCAUUACAUGUCUCCAGUGUGUUUCAGAUUGCCCUGUGUCCAUUACACGUCUCCAGUGUGUUUCAGAUUGCUCUGUGUCUAUUACAUGUCUCCAGUGUGUUUCAGAUUGCUCUGUGUCUAUUACACGUCUCCAGUGUGUUUCAGAUUGCUCUGUGUCCAUUAGAUGUCUCCAGUGUGUUUCAGAUUGCUCUGUGUCCAUUACAUGUCUCCAGUGUGUUUCAGAUUGCUCUCUGUCCAUUACACGUCUCCAGUGUGUUUCAGAUUUCUCUGUGUCCAUUACAUGUCUCCAGUGUGUUUCAGAUUUCUCUGUGUCCAUUACACGUCUCCAGUGUGUUUCAGAUUGCUCUGUGUCCAUUACAUGUCUCCAGUGUGUUUCAGAUUGCUCUGUGUCCAUUACGUGUCUCCAGUGUGUUUCAGAUUGCUCUGUGUCCAUUAGAUGUCUCCAGUGUGUUUCAGAUUGCUCUGUGUCCAUUACGUGUCUCCAGUGUGUUUCAGAUUGCUCUGUGUCCAUUACAC